UCAUUAUUUCUUGAUUAUCUUCCUUUUAAACAGAACCACACCAAAUACUGCUUUUAGCCAAGUUUAGGUGAAAUUGACCCAAUGGUUCUGGAGAAGAUAACAAAAAACAUGUAAAGUUGACAGACAGAUGGACAGACAACAGGUGCUCAAAAAAGCUUACAGCUCAGUUAUCUGGUGGUGCCCAAUUUUUAUUGGUGGAAGAGAGAACACAGAUACAAUAUACCUGGGAAGAGAUCACCGACCUUCCGAAAGUAAACUGGGAAACUUUCUCACUUACCGGCGCAAGCGGGAUUUGAAUCCAUGCUGACCAGAGGUAAGAGGCCACGUGAUUUUGAGCGCGAUGCUCUAACUACUCAGCCACGGAAGCCCCUAAAUAAGAUAUGACACUAGCUCCAAGGGCUAUGGAAUCUAUAAUAAUAUUCCAGUUCUGCAUGCAUUUAAGCGUUAGCUAAAUUAUAAUAUUCAGCAGCAGUUAUAAAACUAGAUGGUUCUUAAAAGACUUUCUUUAAAAAAAUACAUUUCCAUAUCUAUAAUAUAGAAGCCGUCCCAUGCAAAAAGGGCCCUUAUGUAUAUUGUGAAGCAUAUGAAGACCCAUGGAAUAAAACCACGGACACAUGGAAACAUCGGGAAAAAACCACACAAUGCCCUGUCCUUUGAAGAAAUUAAAUUUGUCGUGCAGUUUAUCAAUCGAUAUUCUGAAGAUAAUGGACUUCCUAUGCCAGCUGCUCCAAGAGGUCGCGACUCCGAACCACCCAUUUUUCUACCUUGUUCAACACCAAAGAACGAAAUUCAUCAGUUAUAUGUUGAAGCUUGUCAUGAGGUCCAAAUUCGUGCUGUUAAAUUGUCCUCAUUCUAUUCCAUCUGGUCUGCCUGCCUUCCUAACAUUCAAAUUGCCAACCCCAGAUCUGAUGUAUGCAAUACCUGUGAGCGCCACAGAGAGCACAUUUUGAAUGCAAGAUCUGAAAAUGAAAAGCUUACAGCAACAAGAAAUUUUACAGAUCACAUUGAAAAAGCAGAGAGGGAGCAUCACCUCUACAUUCAGUGCAUUAAAGAAGCCAGGGAAGAACAUCAGUCUAUUCAGCUUCCUGAGCCACCUGUUAGACCCUGUUCCACAGAUUUCCUCAAAACUCACUACACUUUUGACUUCGCGCAAUGUGUGUCUGUACCUCAUCAUUCCAGACAAGUAGGGCCAUUAUUCUUUGAGACACCACGGAAAAUUCAGAUCUUUGGAAUUUGUAUGGAGGGAGCAGGAUCUCAGCGAAAUUAUUUGAUUGAUGAAGACCAGACCAUUGGAAGAGAUGGAAAGAAUGCCCAUGGGCCAAAUACAGUCAUCAGCAUACUUCAUCACCAUUUUCAAAAUUAUAGCAUGGGAGAGAAAUGUGCUGUUCUUCACUGUGAUAACUGUCCAGGUCAAAACAAAAACCGGUAUGUGAUUGGAUAUUUGCUAUGGCGGGUCAUGAUUGGGCUACAUCGAGCAAUUGAACUUCACAUGCAGAUACCAGGGCAUACAAAAUGUCAAGUGGAUGCAGGCUUUGCUCAGAUCAAAAAGAAGUACAGGAGAUCAGAUUGUGACACUCUACAGCAUGUUGCUGACGUAGUCUCCAAGUCCUCCAAAAGUAACGAGGCUGUGAUAAUAGAGGAUGGAAAUGUGAAAUACUAUGAAUGGAAAGAGUAUAUAAAAACAACUUUUCAGCCUUUGAAAGGGAUACGCAAGUUUCAUCACUUCACUUUUUCAGCACUGCUGCCUGGAGUUGUAUUAUGCAGCGUUGAUGUAGAUGGCGACAAGGUCCCAGUAAUCCUCAGUAAUCACGACCAAAUCAGUGUAAAUCUAUCACUAGAGAUAAUGCCGGGCGGACUCAGUAGAGAACGACAGGAAUAUUUAUACAAACAUAUCAGACCUCAUGUCCGGGAAUGUUUCAGGGACACAACAUGUCCAGAAUUUCAUGAAGAAUAAGUGAAAGUUUCAAUUGUUUCCGACAAUGAUUAACGUCAUUUCAACGUCAUUUUUUGUAACGUCAUUGAAAUAUUAUCUUAACCUUUGACAGCCUAUAUCUCAGUAAAUAUGCUGAAUAUUUGACCCAAACUUCACAUGUGUCUUUUUAAUGUUGUUUUCUAUCAUAUUCCAUUAAAAAGUUAAUUUUGAUAAUUUUUACCAUAAGGGCCCUUUUUGCAUGGGACGGC